CCCUCAUCCCACCGAAAUUAACCAACUGCGGCAAAAAUGGGUGAUGAUAGGAAUAACAAGAAGAUUCUACAAAAUAUAAAAAUGCCAGAGCAGAGCAACGACUACCGAGUGGUGGUGUUCGGUGCUGGAGGUGUCGGGAAAAGUUCACUGGUUCUCCGGUUUAUCAAAGGAACAUUCCGGGAGAGCUACAUACCGACUAUUGAGGACACUUACAGGCAGGUAAUCAGUUGCAACAAGAACAUAUGCACCCUGCAAAUCACCGAUACGACCGGUUCGCACCAGUUUCCGGCCAUGCAACGGCUAUCAAUCACCAAGGGGCACGCCUUCAUUCUGGUCUACUCGGUUUGCUCGAAGCAGAGCCUGGAGGAGCUGAAGCCCAUCUGGAGUUUGAUACGUGAAUUGAAGGGAGAAGAAAUCUCUCAGAUACCGGUAAUGUUGGUGGGCAACAAGUGCGACGAACCGGAGGAACUGCGCGAAGUGACCAACAUCGAAGGCCAAACGGAAGCUGCCACCUGGGGAAUCUCGUUUAUGGAGACCUCGGCCAAGGAAAACCACAACGUAACCGAGCUGUUUCAGGAAUUGCUCAAUAUGGAGAAGAAUCGCAACGUGUCGCUGCAGCUAGACGGGAAGAACAAGAAGAAAAACAAGAAGAAAAUGAUGAAGGAACAAGCCAAAGAGGAGAAACUGCUGAAGGAAAAGAAAGAAAAAGCAAAACAGCAGGCUAAGGAGAAGGAAAAGUCUCAACAAAAAGAGAAGGAAAAGGAAAAAGAAAAACCAAAAGAUAAAGCGAACGGAACCAAUAAGAAAGAAGGUGCAGCUGCUGCUGGUGCCGAGGGUGGAGCGGAAGGCGAGGGUAGUGCUAGUCUUAAGGAGAAAUGCAAGGUGAUGUAA